UUCAAAAAUCAAAUUAAAUCUCAAAAUAUUUGUCAUGGAAUUGCAGUCAAAACAGUCAAAGAAAAUUUCCGCAGACAUCAGACACGCUCAGUGUCCCUCGGUGGUUCAAAUUUCACGAAGAGUUCAAGCCCUCAAAGACAAUGAUCCCUAUUUUCGGAUCUACGCCAGAAAACUGACACAGCAGGAGCAGGUGCGAUACUAUGGAAGAAGUGCGCUGAUGAUGGUUGUAUCCAUCGUUAUCUACAAUGUGAUUCACAGUUUGUUUUUCUAUGACUCCUAUCAGUUGGAACCUUGUUGGCUGAUCCGUAUCAUAGGAUUUAUUCUUGGAGUCAAGGAUCGUAUCUACUUUUAGGGACAUUUUUCUGGAUGUAUAUUUAUAAUUUAAGUAGAGUUUCAAG